UCUACGGUCCUGUGACUUUUACAACCUGAGCCUGGGAGAGAGGAGUGACGUCACUGCGCAUGCGCAGGCGCCCCACAGCCUUACGUUCGUUCUGAAAUCGCAAAGCGGAUACCCCCCAAAAAGCUACGCAGUUUGCGUAGGAACUGGGCGCAGAGCUCCUUCCUGAAUCCGGUUCCGGCGUGCCGACGACGCCGAUGCCUUGUGUGUGGCCACAGACUGAUCGCUGGACCCGAACAGCACAGAACUGUAGCAGCUGACAGGCAGAUGCGGAGGGAGGGAGGAGGGGGGUUCGCCAAGCCCGACGGAUUUCACACGGUCCACGGACCAGAACGCUCCUCUUUUUCUGUGUCCACAUGAGCGGAUGACAGCCUCCCAACAACAACAGAAAAAGAAAGAAAACCCUUAAAUGCUGAAAACUUUCAGCCCUUCAUUUGACGCGGGGGUGUUCUUGAGGUUUUUCAGAAGUGCAGUCAUGAUGCAGGUGCAGACUGUGGGCUGACCGGACUGAAAUGACUCGUUCGGCGCUGACGCGGUUUAUUUGUGCCCUGCCAGCCCCGCAUCGUCAGAUGCCAUUUUCCUCUGCGUUMCCCCGGCGUCUGGGAUUCCAGCACUCCGGGCCUGUUGUUGUAUAAUUAGAAGUUGAUGAGGCAGAGGCUGGUGCAAUGAGAAGCUCCGCUGUCCGAGCCGCUGUGCGCAGUUCGUGCUGAGAGCUUUAUGGGUCCUGCGUACCCGAGCUCCCGGCUUCCACUCGGAGAGSUGCGCUGCGGGACUGUCGGCUUCACCUCUGGACCGCCUGGGGACUGUCAUCUGCGGCCUGUUCGGACCGGAGACUCCCUGAACUUGUAUGUUUAAGGGGAACCGACUCUGGACGGUGUCGUGUUAGGGAGCAGGGUGGGGGGUGUAUAUUUGGCUCGUGGUGACCCACUGGACCACCAUAGCCUUGACUGUCUGGACUUCUAAAAGGAAUAAACGCUUGUUCAGCUAUGAUGUGCUGUUUGCGUGGCCAAGUCACGCAUUUUUAAAGGCAACGCUAGGGUGACAUUGCAGUCUUAUUUCUACAGCCGACAGGAAAAAAAAAAAAAAAAAAAACGACAAGCGGAAAAGUGGAGUAUUGUCCGCCGUACGUCGCGACGCAGUGGGAUUUUUACGUCUGCUCGGCGUUCCCCCCCACCCUUCCCGCGGUGACGGUUAUGGGUCGGAAGCGGUGUGUCGGUGCAGAUUGUUCCAAGAUGGCGGCCGGGUGCUGCGGGGUGAAGAAGCAGAAACUGUCGGGAUCUCCCGGUUCGGGGGGUCCCGGCGGGGUGGGGGCGGCGGGAAGCGGGGUUGCAGGAACCGGACAUUGCGGCUCGGAGUUGGGGAUCGGCUCCUCCGCGGCUGUUGCGGCCGCGGCGAACGUGAGCAGAGUGAACGGCCUGGGGGGACCCGGGGGUAAUGUUAGCGGCGGCGGCAGCGGCGGCACAAACGCGCUGUCCCCAGUCCCGGCCGGCUACAACACAUCCGGCCUCUCCCCGAACCUCAGCCCGGGACCAGGUUCGGGAAGUGGUGGCAGAAAAAUGGUCGUCUCCGCGGAGAUGUGCUGCUUCUGCUUUGACGUGCUUUAUUGCCAUCUGUACGGAUACCAACCUCCGAGAACACCCAGGUUUACAAACGAUCCCUUUCCGCUGUUUGUCACGUGGAAAAUAGGCCGAGACAAGCGGCUGAGGGGUUGUAUAGGUACAUUUUCUGCCAUGACUCUGCACUCAGGACUCAGGGAGUACACCCUUACCAGUGCCCUUAAAGACAGCCGCUUCCCCCCUAUGACAAGGGAUGAGCUGCCUCGCCUCUUCUGCUCAGUGUCUCUUCUCACCAACUUUGAAGACGUCGGCGAUUACCUUGAGUGGGAGGUGGGUAUUCAUGGUAUACGAAUAGAGUUUUUCAAUGAAAAAGGAUCAAAACGCACCGCCACCUACCUGCCAGAGGUUGCAAAGGAGCAAGGUUGGGACCACAUUCAAACCAUAGAUUCCUUACUACGAAAGGGAGGAUAUAAAGCUCCCAUCACAAAUGACUUCAGGAAGACCAUUAAGUUAACCAGGUACCGUAGCGAGAAGAUGACGCUGGGUUAUGCAGAGUACAUCGCCCACCGCCAGCACCAUCACUACCAGAACGGCAUCGGGCACCCAGUGCCGUCCUACAAUCAUUAUUCCUGACAGCGAGCCGCAUGACCAGUCACUGGACCUCUCCGCAGACCUUUUCCCAGGAGAGCCUGCCCCCUCCUGGUCUAGCUAUUUCUACUACUGUACCAUUUUAUGAUGAUUGUUUCCGUUGCCGUGCUGGCCGUCUCCCAGACGUUGACAUGGCAACGGGUGGCAAAGAAGCAUCAUCUGAAUUCUGGCAAGAAAUCCAUGUGUUUCCUUUAGUUUGCCUGUGGUUGAGCUUUUUGCAGCAUAUGCAUACCUAAACCAAUACCCCCCUGKUCAUUCAUUAUUCCUUUGAAAAUGAAACCAAUAUUAGAUUUUCUAAUCGUCUUCUGAGCAAACCUAUCAGCUGUUUGAUUCUGUGGAUGGAAGGAAGUCUUUGAGUGGAUUUAGGCUUUACUAGUUUCUCAUUUACUAAUAAUUUUGUUUGUUUUAUUAUAAUCAAACUAUCCUGACGUGUUGUCAUGUAGCAAGGCAUCUGCAGUUCCUAAGGCUGUCUCUUUACUUGGAUUCCUCUCAAAACUUGACUGUUCAGGUUGUUUAGGCCGUGUGAACUCGUCGUGUCGUAGUCAGAACUUUGUAAUCAGAUGUGUGUACUCCAAAGCGUAGGUAGGAUCGUGACGCACUUAUUUUUAAAUCAGCCUUCGGUGGUGGUGUUUAGUGAUUGAGCUCACGAUUGUGUGUGUGUGUGUGUGUGUGUUUGUGGAUGACAGACAUAAGAAGAAAACCAGUAAAAUAAAUCAGAAAUUGGGUUUUUGAAGAAUUUCCGAAGCCCCGGUCCCCACUGAUUGGUUGUAGGGUUUAGUGGUGGAACAGUUUGUUUUUCCUUCAAACUGAAAAAAGUGUGAAAGUAGUUUGAAGAGAGUCAUGCUGAAGCAAACUGGUUAAUUGUUUUUUUUUAUAAAGUGUCUGGUUUUCUUGAGUCAAGGGGUGCAGGUGUGUUUAAAAGUCUCCAAAAAAAAAAAAAAAGGAUAUUUCAUUGAAAUCCGUUAGUUUUCUGGCAGGGAGUCGUUUGCUGAAACAAUUUAAAGCCAUAUUCUCUUUAUUCCACACGUUGUCUGUGUAAUCGUCUCAAAGUGCUUACAUUCGGUCACUUCCUGUAGGUUUACGAGGUCCUCCCACAAACUAUGACGUAUCGUAACGAGUCAUUUUUGAACGAGCACGCCACUCGAGUCAUCUUAAAAACCCGUUUGUGUCGUUCAGACGUGCGUGUUGUUGUGAUGCGUGGAAACAACUUGAUUUUUGGGUCUUGAGACCACACCGCCGCCGUGUCCCACCCCCUCACUCUUUCAGUGAGCUCCCGUUGACCUGUGUUGACAGCGCAGGGAAUGUUUUUGAGUCGUGGUCUGUUUUUUCAGCUGUAAUUUAAAAAAAAAGGGUUUUCAGCUGAGUUUGUUGGAGCAGAAACCUUGGUGCGGGGCCUCCUUUCAGAGCCACCUCCCAUCCAGAUCUCCCCAGGUGAGUCACAUCCARACACUGAACUCACGUUUAACGAAUGUGUUGAGGAGCACCAAGUGAUCUGCUCUGUUUUGGUUGAUAACUGGAAAAUUUGAGAGGUUCUCGUUACUCGACUAACAUCCUUCUUUGUUGUCGUAACAGCCUUUACCAACUGACAGAUUCUGUUUUUUUUUUGUUUUCUUUAUGCAAAAAUGUCAAGGGCUUUUGGAACUCCAUCCACAGUAACCCGAAAUAAUCCAGAUUUCAGUUGUGUUGCCUUAAAUGAUUCACGAAAACAACGGACCAGCGGAUCGACGCUCUGAGUGCUCCUCUAUCUCGUGGUUUCGCUCUUUCCCAGCUUUACUCCCAACGCCAAGCGUGGCUUCACUUUGCAACGCUUUUACCGGAGCGUUCGUACCGGAGAUCCUGUCUCCUGUUUUCCUCAUCCUGCCCAGAUUUCACAUAAUCACUCUCCCAGAGGGAUUACCCACUGUGGUGUUACCCUUCAAACCACCAUACCUGGAUCAACAAAAACUACCGUUCCCUACAAGAAGAGGGGCAGUCAGACGUGCAUUCCCUGGUCCGUUCUAUACAGCACAACCUGAAUUGUUUCUGCUGCAAAACCAAAUUGACCAUGCUCUUUUUACAUAUAUGUCUUUGUAAACACAUGCAAUGUAGUUYGUUGCAUGUACAUAUGAGUAUGAGACCUAUGGUUUUAUCCACGAUAUGCUUGAUCUAUGGCUUAGACACUCUUAACCGUUAAGAGAUUUCGAAAGACAACUAUGGUGCUAUCGGACCUCAUAUUGGGGCGGUCACAGCUCGUGACUGGUCAUGCGGACUCAUUCAUAUCAUUUACUUAAUGAUGCUACAUGUAAGGUUCUUCUCUGAAAUGCGUCGCUGUGAAAUGGCGGCUCAUUUUUAAAACUGAAGGACGAUUCUCUUUUUUUUUCCUCUCUCUCGACGCAAACAGUAGCCCCCUAAAAAAAUAAACAAAAAAAGAAGAUGAGCUCUGGUUUUGUGUCGGCGGUUCGGGGGAUCAACGCUCUGUUGUAAAACGAACAUUCUUACUGAAAAUGAAGACGGACGGCACGGGGGCUACGGAAUGUACUGUUAAUGGUUGUCAUUGCAACUUAGCAGAGACUUAUUCAGAGAAGAUCUUACAUGUUACCUUUUACAAUCCUUGAUAUAUGCAGAUCUGUUCAACAGGUGUUUUAUUUUGUUUGUUUUUUGUUUUUCCUACCAGUGCAAGUCAAUACGUUGCAGGUUUGAAAGGACAAGAAGUCACACGGAAACCUCCUGCCCCUCAGUUUGCCCUUACACUGUGGCCCAAACUCAUGGCCUAGUUUGUCGAAGCGUGACGCGUGUCGUUCACUAGAAGUAGGCAUUAGCAGCCGUUGCCUCGACAGGAAGAUUAGUUUUUCUUUUUGCUUUCAUGCAGAUUGAGCUGCUCGAAAAGCCAAACAUGUUUUGGAGGCUAAACCAAGCUCUUUAUUAUUAUUAUUAUUAUUAUUGUUACAUUGAAAGGAAACAUCCAUUAUACCAGAACAGGGUAACUCAGAAAGACAAUAAAACAAAGUUGAUAAGAUUUAAUAUUUUUGUUGAUUGCUUCAAUUAAAGUUGAAAAUAGUUAAAAAGAACUAUUUCAAGAAUAGUCWAAAUUAUUAUUCUCUGUUAAAGUUGCUGAAAGGAUUUUCUUUUUAAAAGCUGCUCUGAAGCAUAAAGUCACAACAAUGCAAAGGCUAACAGGUAUUUUGACUUUUUCCUGCUUUAAUCUCAAAUCUUAAACACAUUCUGGCUCUUAAGAUUUUUUUUUUCCAGAUAAGUCGUCGUAAAGACGUGCUUCUGUCCCGACAAACCYUUUAAAACCUGAAGCCCUUGUGGAAUAGCGAGGAACGACAGCGGCAGAUAGUUGUAGCAGAUGGUGCGUUUUGGUUCCGUACCGGGGUUCAGAGUUCAGCCUCAGCGCUCCCUCCGUGGUCAUUCGGGUCGUUKCGUGGGACGCUCGAGCUCACGUCACCUUCGUAUGUUUGACUGAACCAAAGACGCCYGCGGCCAUGUCCAAAUGCUGCUCUACAGGCCUUGGCUUCCUGUCCUUCCAAAAUAAAACCCCUGCUAUUGACGAAAAAAAAAAGUUUUUUUUUGUGUGCGAUUUCUCAACUGUCUGACUUUUUAAAGCAACCCAGUUUUUCAAUGAAUUUUCAUUGAUUCUGUCAGUUAUGGCAUCAAGAUGGUCGAAUGGUUGCAAAUUGUUACUUGUUCUGUUAGUAUUAUUAUUAUUAUUAUUAUUAUUAUUAAUGCUAUAAUUUUUCAAAAAUGAAAAUCCCAUGGUGUGCCUCCUAGCUUUAUGGGUUUAUAAAUGUUUUUUUUUUUCUUUUCCCUAAAGACCAGCAGUUAUACUUUGUAUGAAAAAAGUUUUCCUUAUUUUUUAUGCCAUUAAAGAUAAAAAAAAAGCCUGUUUCUUUACUCUGCCCAGUAGCUGCACUGGUAUACAAUCGCACUGAUAGAUUAAUUAAAAAAAUAAAUAAAUAAAAAGAAGAAAAGAAUCAAUAAUAAUAAUGAUAAUGACAAAUAAGUACUACAAUAAACCUGUGUUUGAAGCUUUUAUUAUAAAAAAGUAUUUGAAAAAAAAUGGGAAAAAAGAGAAUAUGACUGUUUUUGUACAUCAAAAUAAAUUUUUUUCAAAGGAAUAUUUUGAAUCUAGUUUCAAAAUUAUUUUAGUGGUUUUCUAUGUUCUGAAUUUUURGAGACACUGACUUCGAAGACGUGUCACUGUACAAAAAGACUUUGUGUUGCAGUGGCCUGAUGGGCUGGGAGGGUUACCUGGUGUAACUCCUCAUACCAACUUUUAUUUCCUUUUGUCAGUUUUUUUUUUAUCCAUUUUUUCCCUCUUCUUCAGUACUCUGAAAAACAUUGAUGAAAAAGAAAAAAGAACUGGGAACUUUUAAUUCCAACCUUGUAGAGCUAGACCCUUCCUUCCUUUUCCAACUGGACUGCUGUUAGUGUGACGGGACUCGAAGCGGCAAAUUAUUKUGAAAGUAUGACUCUAAAAGACUCCAACUAAGUAAAGAAAACGAUACAAGAAAAUGUGGCGAGGGCCUGAAAGAAUAUUUAAAGAUGACUUGUCUGAGUAUGUAAGCAAUGGCUGUGAAGAUGUAGUUUUAAACAUUAUUACCUUUUAAGAUCAUUUAUUCAAUAAAAAAAAUAUAAAAUAUCCUGAAAA